AUGGCUCCUAUCUGGGGCUCCAUUGGAGUCGACGGGCUCGGCCCCAUUCCCGAAAGUGAAUUCACCAUCUAUUUCCCCCUCACCGACCUUCAAUCCGGUUACCAAGUCAUCUCUGCUGUUCUGGAAGCGGUUCUCAAACUGUGGAAGGAUGAGAUUCUUGCCCCCUCCUUUGCCUCUGCCUCCCCAGGGGACUGGUUUAUCCCACACUCCGACCUAUGCUAUGCCCCUUCCCUCAUACUCCAAACGACAUCGUUCACCCCUCCUUUCUCGGUCUCCGCCACUCUUCACCGGGUAUUGCCAAACGAAUUCUUUGAGCGUACUCCUCUCGGUUCCGGUAUCUUCCAUAUCAAAGACGUCGUAGCGGUCCACAUCAGAGGUGAUUGGGUGGCCGGUCCGUUUUAUACAGGUGCAGGGUUUGGCGCACGGUUGGAGAUCCUUCGCAAUGGUGUCCCAUGGCUCUCUGCUUUCCCGCAACUACUCUAUACGCGGCACCCGUUUAACCAAGACUCCCGUUGGAUCCAUGCCCUCUCCUCCCCCUUACCCAUCGCCCUCCCCGACCUCUCCCACGCCUUCCUUCGCGAACAGCCUAGCCUUCAGCACGAUAGUCCACCUGAUGCCAUCUACGCGGCCACGGCUGCCUGUCGUCUAACAUAUCAAAAUCACUGUGCCAGUGGAGGAUAA